GGGGCAGCUGUGCCCGGCGAGAAAGGGGCGGCGCCCAGGGGCAGAUGAAACCUUUGGGAAGGAUAGCGGCCCGGGACAAGUGCAGCCUGUGAGAGAAAGGCAGUGCCUCCCAGGGCAGAUCACAUCUCUGGAGAGAAGAGGGGUGCUCAGGGCAGAUGAAGCUGCAGGGAGAAACAUCCAGGACAUAUGUAGCCGUAAGGAUGGAAGCGCACUGCUAGAGACCAGAUGCAGAAAAGAGAAACAGGGUGCCGGAGGCAGAUAAGAGAAGUGGAGCCCAAGGGAGGAUGAAGCCUCGGGAAGGAAACAGGUUGCCGGUUGCACAUGCGCCCUCAGGAGCAUCCUCCCACGCCUGCUUUUUUGCAAGAUGGGAUUUCUGCAGCGCCCUGUGGUGGUGACAGCUGACAUCAACUUGAAUGUUGUGGCUCUGACUGCGGUCGGGUUACUGAGCCGGCUGUGGCAACUUGCCUAUCCACGGGCUGUGGUUUUUGAUGAGGUGUAUUAUGGGCAGUACAUCUCUUUUUACAUGAAGCGGAUCUUCUUCUUGGACGGCAGUGGACCGCCGUUUGGCCACAUGCUGCUGGCCUUGGGAGGUUAUAUAGGAGGAUUCGAUGGUAACUUUUUGUGGAACAGAAUUGGAGCAGAAUACAGCAGCAACGUGCCCGUGUGGUGUCUGCGCCUGCUGCCGGCCCUCGCAGGGGCCCUGUCGGUCCCCAUGGCUUACCAGAUCGUGUGGGAGCUGGGCUUCUCUCCCUGUGCCGCCAUGGGGGCCGCUCUGCUGGUGCUGAUCGAGAACGCUCUGGUCACUCAGUCACGGCUGAUGCUUUUGGAGUCAGUGCUGAUAUUUUUUGAUCUAUUGGCCGUGCUGUCUUACCUGAAGUUCUUCAACUCCCAGAAAUACAGGCCCUUCUCCCUGAGCUGGUGGUUUUGGCUGACGUUGACGGGCGUGGCCUGCUCCUGUGCAGUUGGCGUCAAAUACGUGGGUGUGUUCACCUACCUGCUCGUGCUCGGAGUUGCCGCCGUCCACACCUGGCACCUGAUAGGAGACCAGACGCUGUCAAACGUCUGUGUGCUCUGCCACCUGCUGGCCCGAGCUGUGGCUCUGCUGCUCAUCCCAGCCGCCACGUACCUGCUGUUCUUCUACGUCCACCUGGCCCUGCUCUGCCGUUCUGGGCCCCACGACCAAAUCAUGUCCAGUGCUUUCCAGGCCAGCUUGGAGGGGGGCCUGGCACGCAUCACACAAGGCCAACCACUGGAGGUGGCCUACGGCUCCCAGGUCACUCUGAAGAACGCCUUUGGCAAACCCGUGCCCUGCUGGCUUCAUUCCCACCAGAGCACCUACCCCGUGAUCUAUGAGAGUGGCCGAGGCAGCUCCCACCAGCAGCAGGUGACCUGUUACCCCUUCAAGGACGUCAAUAACUGGUGGAUUAUAAAGGACCCCGGGAGGCACCAGCUGGUGGUGAACAAUCCUCCAAGGCCCGUGCGGCACGGCGACAUCGUGCAGCUGGUGCACGGCAUGACCACCCGCUUCCUCAACACGCAUGACGUGGCGGCCCCCCUGAGCCCCCACUCGCAGGAGGUCUCCUGCUACGUCGACUACAACAUCUCCAUGCCCGCCCAGAACCUCUGGAGACUGGACAUUGUGAACCGGGAGUCGGACGCAGAGGUCUGGAAGACCAUCCUGUCCGAGGUCCGCUUCGUGCAUGUGAACACCUCGGCCAUCCUGAAGCUGAGCGGGGCGCACCUCCCAGAUUGGGGCUUUCGGCAGCUGGAGGUGGUCGGGGAGAAGCUGUCCCGGGGCUACCACGAGAGCACCGUGUGGAAUGUGGAGGAACAUCGCUACGGCAAGAGCCAGGAGCAGAAGGAGCGGGAGCUGGAGCUGCACUCACCGACAGAGAGCGACAUCAGCAGGAACCUGAGCUUCAUGGCCAGGUUCUCGGAGCUGCAGUGGAGAAUGCUGACGGUGAGAAGUGAUGACUCAGAACACAAGUACAGCUCUACGCCCCUGGACUGGGUCAUGCUGGACACCAACAUCGCUUACUGGCUGCACCCCAGGACCAGUGCCCAGAUCCACCUGCUUGGGAACGUCGUGAUCUGGGCUUCGGCCAGCCUCGCCACCAUGGUGUACGCCCUGCUCUUCCUCUGGUACCUGCUCAGACGCCGAAGGAAAGUCUACGACCUCCCUGAGGAUUCCUGGCUGCGCUGGGUGCUGGCUGGGGCGCUGUGUGCCGGGGGCUGGGCCGUGAACUACCUCCCCUUCUUCCUGAUGGAGAAGACGCUCUUCCUGUACCACUACCUGCCCGCGCUCACCUUCCAGAUCCUGCUGCUCCCCGUGGUCUUCGAGCACAUCAGCGACCACCUGUGCAGGUCCCAGCUUCAGAGGAGCCUCUUCGGCGCGCUGGUUGUGGCCUGGUUCGCCUCCGCCUGUCAUGUGUCGAACACACUGCGUCCCCUAACCUAUGGGGACAGGUCACUCUCACCCAGUGAACUCAAGGCCCUCCGCUGGAAAGACAGCUGGGACAUCUUGAUCCGAAAACACUAGCAGUUCAGGAGCAUGGUGAACGGCAGGGCCGGGUCGGGCCAAGGUAGAAGCCUCUUUUAGGAGCGUGUGUUUCUGACCAGCAGACUGGCUCUCAGUGUGGUGGGGACUCUGGCUCGACAAGGACUCCUUUCUGGUUUUGUCCCUGGAACGGUCCCCUGACUACCACAUCAUUUUGAGCAAAGUCUACUUUUCCCAGGCCACAAAGAACAUGCUCUCCCUCCACUGACUCCUAAGAGCCUCCUGAACUGAGUGUGGAGUGGCCAGCGUAGGACUCGGGGAUGGUGGAGAAGAGGCAGGAAGGGAGUGAGUUAGGUCAAUCCAGACAGGGCCCCGGUCCUGCUGACAGAGGCCAGUGAUGGGAUUUGGCUGACGGGCCUGGUCCUGCUCCCCCAGAGCCCCUGUCCCCAGCCAGGCCUUGAGGAAUCACCCUCACGCUUCAGUGCCAGAGAAGCUACUGGGGUGACAGCCCUGGUGAGGUGGUCAUGGGACACUGGGUGUGACUCCUCACUGUCACUGACUCUUAGAACCCCCUGCCCUGAGAUUCUGCCGAGAGGUAUGUGAGCGAGUAGUGCCUUUAACCGCCAAGGUUUGUCAUCUGUACACUUCCUUGUCCUGAAUUCACCCUUUUUUAUGUAAUUAAAAAGGGACAAACGGGCAUUC